AUGGCCACUGGCGCAGCAGCACCCGCCGCGCGCUCGCUCUCGCCCUCGGACUCGCUCGCGUCGUCCUCAUCAAACACGGACGCAGACGGCGACUCGAUCAUCAACGAUGCGGCAGGCGCGACUGCGACAAACACUGCGUCGUCCUCCGAGUUGCUCGAGUAUGUCUUGGGCGUCGCACGAGCGGGAGGCGGAGGCGGACACCCAGCUGCCUCCUCGUCUUCACCAGCACGACAGCGCGGAGCAAAGGGCGCGCCUCUCCCGGCUGGCCCGGUACUCACGUUCGGUCCACGACUCGGGUACACGUACUUUGCGCAACCGGCGCCGCGCGCAGAGGCGCUCAAUGCGCUCACGCCUGGAAGGGAGGGCGACGGAGGCGAGGAGGGCAUCUACUGGUUCUCGGUCGACGACCAGCUGCUGUACUUGAGCUUCUUCCAGGACUAUGGACCCCUCAAUGUCGGAUGCCUCUACCGCUUCUGUCUCCACCUUCACUCGCUCCUCUCCUCCCCCGAUCACGCCCACCAACGCAUCUUCCUCUACUCGUCCGACGAGCCGGACAAGAAAGUCAAUGCGGCGGUCUUGAUGGCGCUUUAUGCGAUGGUCGUGAUGAGGUGGAGCGUGGCGGAUGUCUUGCACCCGCUCAGCAGCCUCGAACUCCAACCCUACCGCGACGCCGGCUACUCCCGCGCCGACUACCACCUCCACCCCCAAUCGCUCCUCUACGGGACCCACCGCGCUCUCUCGCACACGCUCCUCGACCUCUCAACCUUCGACCUCGCCGCGUACGAACACGCCGAAAAAGUCGAGACGGGGGACUGGAAUUGGAUCACCCCGGGGUUCGUGGCGUUUGCGAGUCCGGUUGAGAGUGGGUAUCGUGAGGGCGUGGUGGGGAGAGGAGGGGGAGGGGCGCAGGGAGGGAAUGGGAAACUGAGUAGGGCGUUUAGGAAUGUGUUGGACGAGUUUGAGAAGAAGGGGGUCAAGGUUGUCGUUAGGCUCAACAAGAAGCUCUACGACGCCUCGCACUUCACCUCUCGCGGAAUCGACCACGUCGAGAUGUACUUUGACGACGGGACGAACCCAACGCUCGACAUGUGUCGCCGGUUCAUCGACCUCUCGGACCGGAUCAUCUCGGCUGGCGGAGCGGUCGCGGUGCAUUGUAAGGCUGGGUUGGGGCGGACGGGGACGCUGAUUGGGGCUUAUCUGAUCUACAAGCAUGGGUUCACGGCGGACGAGGCGAUCGGCUUCAUGCGCCUGAUGCGCCCCGGCUCGUGCGUCGGCCCGCAACAACACUUUCUCUACGAGAACCAGUUCGAGUGGGUGCGCUGGGCCGCGCAGGACGAGUUGCGUCGGGAACUCGAGAGCCAGCGCGGGCUCGUUGGGAAGGAGCUUGCCGCCGCUGGAGCUGGUGCGGUCGCGUCGACUUCGGCUGCAGGCGAAGCAGUUGGUCGCCCUCUCACACCGCCGAACGAAGCGGACCUCGAUCGAGCGCGGAGCAAGACCCCCUCGGCCUCUCACGGCGCACCCGUCACGCCUCGCCGCCAAACGGGAACCGUACCGGGCCAACCGCGCAAGACGCCUGGGCGGUCGAGGCAUGCGGUUGCGGAGCCUGAGCGGGUCAGUCCGGAGGAGAAGAGCGCGUUGGAGGAGGAGGAGAGGAUGGAGGGGGUUGUGUUGAGUAGUCCGAGGAAGGGGAGGGUGUCUGGCAGCGGAGGGGGAGUCAAGGGCAAGGGGAAGGGACCGAUGCUGGAUGCGGCAGCGGAGGAGGACGACGAGGAGGACGACCCGCUCGCGAUGGUUGUCGUCCCCUCGAGUCCGAGGAAACUCGGUCUUGCUCCUCCUGCGCGCAUCAACGGCUCCGCGACAGCCUCGACCUCGUCCGCACGACCGCCGCCUCCCGCUCCGCCGAAGACGCCCACUCAGCCUCAGUCGACUCGACCGACUCGCAUCGCCCGUCCCGCAACUCGACCGCUCUCCGCACUCGCAGACAACCGCAUCGUCGACCGUAUCGGUACGACUCGGUCGUCCGCCCGCAACGGAGGAGGAGGAGGCGCGACGACCGCUUCCACAGGUGGUGCAGCGGGAAUGGCACGCUCGAAGGCUGCCAAGAACCUCAACACGGUGUUUGAGGCUACGACCGGUGGUGCAGCUGUGGGCGCCUGCGCAGCGGGACAGACGCGGUACCCGUUGCGGAACGGGCGGACGACGAGCGCAAGUUCGGCGUCGUCGAGCACGUCCGCGGGCUUGCAGCCGCCCAACAGCCCUUCGAAGCUGCCGCAGUCUCAGCGCGUGCUGGGCAAGCGCGACACGGGUGGACCUGGACGAGGGAACGGCGCCGCUGCGAAUGGCUCGUCGGGGACGGCGGCAAGCGCAGGGUUCAACCCGGCUGCGGCGGCGGCGGCGAGCGCUGCGGGAGGGAACGGUGCAGGUCUUGGAAGGAAUGUCAGGCGGAGACGGAGCAGUAUGGGCAGCCAGGAGACGGUAAAUGCGGGAUGA